CAACUCCCGCUAGGGUUCCUCGCUGCCGCUGCCGCCGCCGCCGCCGCUCCACCACCACCGUCGACCCGGCGGCUGCCUCCGUCCCCGCCGCCUCACCACCACCGCUGACCACACCGCGUCCACUUCUUGCGACCCGCCUCUCCACCGCAGCAGGGACCAGCGCCCGCCUCUCUACUCGCAGCAGGGGCCGGCCGACGACGAGCUCUUCACUCCACAGUAGGGGCCGUCGCGGACGACGAGCUCUUCGGCCGCUCGAUGGACACGCCACUGGCGACGGUUUGCUAGGUUUCGGUGCCAAGAGUAUUUCGCUGGUUCAUCAUCAAGGUUUGGUAGGUUUCGGUGCCAAGAGUAAUUCGCUGGUUCAUCAUCAAGGAGGCAUUUCACAAAUUCAUUGGACAGAGAGUGUCAAUCUUCUGUCUUGUCGAACGAUGAAGCUGCCGCCUGCAAUGAAGAGACCACUUCUUUUAGCAGCUCUGGCUGCUCUGGUCUGUUCCACGGUUGCUGCAAGCCGGAUCCCAGUCUAUGCUUGCUCUGGUGCAAACUACAACUCAUUGAGGAGUUACCAACAAUCACUGGAUUUCCUGUCUGCCACACUGCCUCAGAGGAUUUCGACGGUUCCCACACUGUUCGCCAGGGACAGCGUUAUUACAGAUGGUCAGGUCACAUACGCCCUGGCGCAGUGCCGAGGCGAUACAGACAGUGCCCGUUGCAGAGCAUGCAUCGACGACUGUCUCCAAAGUACACUGGUGGCUUGUGGACUCCGGAAGGAAGCAUUAUUUGCUUACGAGCACUGUACGAUUCAGCUCUCUGGAACAGAGAUCAGGUUGUCUAAGGUGGAUGCGUCAGUGGCACAGGUUGAUAGCAUCACAGUGCAGAGCAGGGCGUUUGAGAAGGGUAUUGAUGCACUUAUCGCCGGUGUUACAAGCUUGGCAGCGAACUCCUCCCAGAGAUUUGCCACUGCAGUAGAGGAGAUGGACACAGAUGGCACCAGCUACACGGCUUAUGGCCUGGCCCAGUGCAUAGCAGAGUUGACAUCUGCAGCCUGUGCCGCUUGUCUCCAGGACUUGAGUUCUAUCAACGUUAUCACUGGCUGGUCAGGGGGGUGGUCUUCUACGACUUGGUGUACCUACCAGUUUCACCUGUACAAAUUUUUUGCCAGUGAGCCAAUGCAGAAGAUUCCUACAGGCACGUCGAACACACGUAGAGGUGACAGGAAGAAGAGGAGGAGGAUAGUCUUGGGUUUGGUUAUAGGGGUGUCUCUUGCUGUAGUAGUGCUCAUUCUUUCAGGGAUUGCCGUGGUUAUCUUGCGUCGAAGGAGACGCUCAUCCCAGAAGAGCAAGAAGUCAUCAAUUGAUGAACCAAAAACUGAGAGAUGUAAAAGUGAUGAAGAAGCAGCAGAGCACGCUACUUGUGAGGCUCCGACAGUGGAGCACAGUGCUUGGGAGGAGUUCCCUUCUGCUAUUGCUUUCUUUAAGAAAAUCAUUGCUAGAGCACAAGCCAAGAGGAUUUUGUUAUUUCUAGACUAUGACGGUACACUCGCAAAGAUAGUGGACGUUCCUCUGAAGGCGUACAUAACUCCAGAGAUGCGCCAAGUCGUUAGAGCCGCUGCCGAGCAGUUCUCCACGUCAAUCGUGACUGGGAGAGAUGUUCCCAAGGCAAUAGACUUUGUGCAGUUGGAGAAUGUAAACUACGCAGGAAGCCAUGGGCUGGACAUAAAAAUUUGCGGCAAAGAGAACCACUACCAGCCAUUUCCAUAUUUGGAACCUCUGGUAUCUAAGGCUACAGAGUGUCUGGAGAAGGCCCUUCAAGGGAUCGGUGGUAUUUUUGUUGAAAACAAUAAAUUCUGCGUAUCAGUCCAUUUCAGAAAUGUUGAUCAGAAGGACUGGGACCUCGUCGAAGCCACCGUCAAGACCGUCUUGAUGGACUUUCCUGCUCUGAGACUUGACACGGGUAAAAUGGUUUGGGAGUUCCGCUCCAAGGAAGUGUUCACGAAGGGGGAUGCGGUGGAGUAUCUGUUCAACCAUCUUCUUGAAGAUCUGAAAACGGACAGGUCACGGGUGCUCGCCAUCCACAUCGGUGAUGACAAGACCGACGAGGACGCGUUCAAGAUGCUAGGUGAGAAAGGCUACGGAUUUGGCAUCCUCGUCACGACGGAGCCCAAGCCCACUAGAGCCCUCUACUCACUUGAAGACCCUUCUGAGGUCAUGGAGUUUCUUGAAAAGCUAGUCACAUGGAAAGAAGAAGAGGACGGGAUUACUGAGCUGCCCUGAGGAAGACUGCAAGGCUUCAUUAUUUGCCUUACUUGAAACUAUUGAUUGCAAGUUUGGUUGGGAUUUUGUGUGAUGCGGUGGCCUUUGUCAUGUACAGUUUGUGGCAAACUAGAUGCGUUGGUGAGCGCAACAAAAGAUGUAGUUCCUCGAUCCAGUCGAUAGGUAAGAGUGUAAGACACCAUGAUCCGCCGCAGCACUAGCGCUGAGGAUAGCGGCGCAGGCUUGAUGCCACUCGUUUUUCUAUGGGCAUUCUUCCACUCACGGAACUGUAUUAUGGUCUAUGGAUGCUAGAAUAAACGAUCAAAAAUUCUAGAAUGGAGUGUAGACUCAGGACUGGUACAGACCUUGGGCAAGGGGAAAAUAAAUCAGAAGCAGUA